AAAAGCGAGCCAAUGAAUGGCUGCCACGUGUCAAGCAGAUUGGCCAACGGUCCAAUUGAUCUGGGCCUUCCAUUUUGAAUCAGAAAUUUCGAUCCAACGGUCAGAAUUAAUUGGCAACGGCUACUAUUUGAUCAUAACGGAAAUAAACCCAAAAAAUUGUAAAAAAAUCCCCAAAAUUUCAAAAUUCUCCCAAAAAAUUGCCUAUAAAUACUACUUCAAUUUGUUAUGAACUCACACCAAUUUGUGCACAACAAAUUUCACAUCUUCCUCCAUCUCCUCUCUCUUUUCGUUUAGCAUUUUUUUCUAAAACAAUGGGCACCCAUUGGCUUCCUUCCGAAGAUUUACAAAUGUGCAUUUCUUUUGUCCGUCAUAGCAUUGAUGAAUAUGACGGUAACAAACAAAAGAGGGACAAAUUGUGGGAGACAAUUCAUGGCGAUUAUAUGCAAAAUUGGGUGCUAGCACCGGGUGAGAAACCUCCGAAGGAGCCAAGGACCCGAAUCGCGCUCGCUUCUCACUACAACAAGUUCAAGCUACUCUUGCAAAAAUGAGGCGAAUGUUUGGCGGCAUCACGACAACGUAUAGCUAGCGGCACUUCGCUAAUGGACGAAGAACGACAAGCUCAAUCAUGUUACUAUAAUGCCAAGAAGAAAAAGUUUACACACUUUGAAUGUUGGGAAGUGGUUAAAGAUCAUCCAUCUUUCGUUGCGGUGCUACCUACUACUCCAUCUCCAUAUGCAAGUAGUUACCACGGUACUCCUUCCGCAACUGAAUCAUCUCCAACCAUCAAUUUGGAUGACGACCAAUUGAAUGAGACACCUCAAAGCAACACGGCAACUCCAUCGAGUCCACCUAGACCAAUGGGAACCAAGGCGGCAAAGGAAGCUAGGCGCCAAAAGAAACAUGGUAAGACUCCUAUUGAGCAACGGGUGGAGGUUUUGCAUACCAUUGCAAGUGACCAAGCAUCAUGGCAUACCAAGAGGCUAGCCCAUAAUGAAAGUGAGCUUAAUUAUUAUGCGGAGUACAUAGACAUUCAAAAGCGAAAAGAAGCAAGGGCGGAAGAAGAGUUACGAUUGAAGAAACAAGAGAAUGACACAAGGAUCAUGACAAUGGAUUUGGAGGCUAUGACCCCAAUCUCGAAAAUGUAUUUUACCAAGAGGAAACUAGCAAUCCUUAAUGAAGGAGAAGCUAGUCAAGAUCAACCUACCGAUGAAACAUAUUCGGAUUGUUAUCACCCAAAUCGCGUGCUUUUUCCAUAGUAGUUAUAGUAUUGUACUAAGAAUAAAUCUGGGCUUGGCUCGUCAUUUUAUGUAAUUUAAAUUUUUCGAGAA